AUGAUGGGGUCUUCGUACAAGGUUGUCUUUAUUCGACAUGGCGAAAGUGUUUACAAUCAGGAAAACAGAUUUUGUGGUUGGCAUGAUGCUGAUUUGUCUCCAAAAGGUGUAGAAGAGGCUACUAACGCCGGAAAAAUGAUAAAAGAAAAAGGUCUAUCAUUCGACGUGGCGUUCACCAGUCUUUUAAAGCGUGCUAUCAAAACUCUUAACAAUGUGCUUGAAGUGAACGAUCUUCAUUGGAUCCCAGUUCACAAAUCAUGGCGCUUGAAUGAGCGAAUGUAUGGCGGUCUGCAGGGAUUGAACAAAUCUGAAACUGCUGCAAAGCACGGUGAGGAUCAAGUAAAAAUCUGGCGUCGUGCCUACGACAUCCCGCCACCUGCGCUCCAAACCUCUGAUGAGCGCUGGCCAGGACAUGAGGAAAAAUACAAGAUGCUCGACAUCGAAUGCAUUCCGGUAACUGAAUGUCUGAAGGAUACUGUGGAACGCGCUCUUCCAUUCUGGUUCGACGAAGUUGUUCCUGCAAUCAAGUCUGGAAAGCGGGUUCUCAUUACUGCCCACGGAAAUAGUCUUCGAGCUAUCGUUAAGUUUCUAGAUAAGAUACCUGACAAUGAUAUCGUGGAACUCAAUAUCCCUACAGGUAUUCCGCUGGUGUACGAAUUGGAUAAGAACCUUCGCCCUGUAAAACACUACUACCUUGCUGAUGAGGCUACCGUUGCAGCUGCCAUCAGUAGCGUCGCCAACCAAGGCAAAGCCAAGUAG